AUGUGGCUGAUUGACACGAUUCCAAAGCCACCAGCUCCGCCUUUAAUUGUACACAUUCAACAUCCCAAGGAUCGCACAGUUGCCUUGGAAGGAAACCUAAGCAUGCAGGCAUUGGUCUGCUCCCGUAAUUCAGCGGGGUAUGCGUCCAGAAGCUCGAUUUCCCUUCUGCAGACUCGGACGCGGUUUCGAUCGGCACAAUUGAAUCCUGAACUCCGACCCUCCACUUUCACUCGGUCACCACCUGGCCUUGCCUACUGCACAACGUCUGUCCUUGACAGGAGUCAUUAUACAAUUCUGCCAUCUCGGACAAAGUCUAAGUCGUUGAGCUUCCUCAAUACGAUCAGAGGUAUAGCAAUUCCCAAAAGGACACUUGCCACAACGAUGCAUCGCUCCCCCGCAGCGAUGGUGACGAAACCGAUGGUUGACCCGCAUAUGGAGAUCAAGACGCCAAGGGACCCGAAUACGCUGUCUAAUUAUCAUAAUUUCGUAACGAGACAUACAAGUGUCGAUUUCGACAUUGAUUUUAGCAAGAAAAGGCUGUUUGGUAGUGUGGUGUUGACGCUUGAGAGCUUGGCGGGCGAGGAGACUAGGGAGAUUGUGUUGGAUAGUAGCUUUCUCGACAUCUCGGUUGUGGAAAUCGAUGGGAAGAGCGCCAAGUUCCAUGUUGGUGAUCGUGUAGAGCCGUAUGGAAGUCCAUUGACCAUCACGCUCCCUUCGGCUGUGCCAAAAGGCAAGACAGUCGACAUUGAGAUUAAGGUUGCAACGACAGAUAAAUGUACGGCGCUGCAGUGGAUGACACCUGCUCAGACGUCGAACAAGAAACAUCCUUACAUGUUUUCGCAAUGCCAGGCCAUUCACGCUCGCUCCGUCUUUCCCUGCCAAGACACACCAGACGUCAAGUCUACCUUUAGCUUUGCUCUUCGGUCCCCUCUACCGGUUCUGGCCUCUGGUCUCCCGACAGGUGCGCAUGAUUACCAGGCGCCCAAGAAAGAGGGUGAACAGGGGACCCUGAAAUACACAUUUGAGCAGAAAGUUCCAAUCACAUCCUACCUCUUCGCAGUGGCCAGUGGUGAUUUGGCAUGUGCUUCCAUUGGCCCACGCAGCACGGUCUGGUCCGGCCCCGAGGAACUUUUGGUAUGCAAAGACGAACUCGACGGCGAGAUUGAGCCGUUUAUGAAAGCGCUUGAAUCUCUCGUCUCUCCUGCUUACCAAUGGACGCAAUACAACGUGCUCAUCCUGCCUCCCUCGUUCCCUUAUGGUGGCAUGGAGAACCCCGUCUUCACCUAUGCAACUCCCAGCAUCAUCUCUGGCGACAAGCAAAACAUCGACGUCAUCGCACACGAACUCUCCCACUCAUGGAGUGGCAAUCUCAUCAGUGCGGCAAGCUGGGAGCACUUUUGGCUCAACGAGGGAUGGACUACCUAUCUCGAGCGUCGUAUUGCUGGCUAUCUUCACGGAGAAGCACAUCGACACUUUAGCGCAAUCAUCGGCUGGAAGGCGCUGGAAGAGAGCAUCAAGCAGUUUGGCGAGGACCACGAGUACACGAAACUGGUGACCAAUCUCAAGGGCAAGGACCCCGACGACGCCUUCUCGUCGAUUCCGUACGAAAAGGGCUUCCACGCUCUGUAUGCGUUUGAGUUGUUGCUCGGAAAGGACAAGUGGGACACGUUUAUCCCACACUACUUUGACACGUUCAAGUUCAAGAGCGUGGACAGUUAUGACUUCAAAUCCUGCCUCGUCGACUUCUUCGCCACCGACCCAGCCGCCCGCCAGAAACUCGAAGCCUUUGACUGGGACACCCUCUUCUACGCCCCCGGCUUCCCACCUAAACCAGACUUUGACGAAACCAUGGUCAAAGCCUGCUACGCCCUCGCCGACAAAUGGAAAUCUCGCACCCACCACAACGACAACAACAACGAUCACCCUCCCUUCUACCCCUCCCCCUCUGACAUCCAAACCUGGAUCUCAACCCAAUCCCUCGUCUUCCUAGAACGUCUCCAAUCCUUUGCCCCCGCCCUCUCCCCCACCGACAUCUCCCUCCUCGGCUCAACCUACAACUACGCCAACUCCCAAAACCUCGAAAUCCUCUCCCGCUACCUCACCCUCGGCCUCAUGGCACGCGCCCCAGCCACCUAUGGCCCCGCGGCCGAGAUGCUAGGUCGCACCGGUCGCAUGAAGUUUGUGCGCCCGUUGUAUCGCUUGUUGGCGCGGGUGGAUCGCGGACUGGCGGCCGAGACAUUUGAGCGGAACAAGGGGUUUUAUCAUCCGAUUUGUCGGGCCAUGGUGGAGAGGGAUUUGUUCGGGGGAGAGUAA